AUGUCGCUCCCCGCCUGGAAAACCGAACUCAUCGAAAAGGCCCUCCACGCCGACAUUCUCAAAUUCGGUUCCUUCAAGCUCAAAUCCGGCCGCACGAGUCCUUACUUCAUCAACUGCGGCCUCUUCUCCAAAUUCGGCCUCAGCCGCGCCUUCAACAACGCAUACGCCCGCACCAUCCACGCCCACGCCCUCGCCCACCCGGACACUUUCGACUUCGACAUCAUCUUCGGUCCUGCAUACAAAGGGAUUCCCAUCGCGGGCAUCACGGGGAACGAAUUGAGUCAUUUGGAUGCAGAGCGGUGGGAUGGGAAAGGGUACGCAUUCAAUCGGAAAGAGGCAAAGGAUCAUGGUGAGGGUGGCAUGAUUGUUGGGGAGGCGCUGAAGGGGAAGAAAGUGAUUAUUAUUGAUGAUGUUAUUACGGCGGGCACGGCGAUAAGAGAGGCCAUUGAAAUUAUCAAGGCGCAAGGGGGCGAGUUGGUGGGGAUUGUGGUUGCGGUGGAUCGGCAGGAGAGGACGCCGAGUGCGGCGGAGAGGGAAGGGAAGAGCGUUGUUGCUGGUGGUGAUGAUGGAAGUGAGAGUAAGAGUAGUGCGAUUGGGGAGGUGAGGAGGGAGACUGGCGUGCCGGUUUUGGCGGUGCUGACAUUGGAAGAUAUUAUUGCUGGAGCGGAGAAGUUGGGUAUGGGAGAGGAGGUGAAGAAGAUGGAGGAGUACAGGAGGCAGUAUGGAGCUGCUGAUUGAAUUGAAUGAAUUGGCGCGCCACGCAAUAUCGACUCAGGUCGAUGGGUAAAUCAUCUCAAAUGGCCGGGAAAUUUCAUUGUUCGAGUUUCUCCAAGGACAGGAAGCAAAAACGAAAAGAAUCUUACCGGCAACCUCUUUUUCUCUCUGCGCGAUAAAGUCAUGGUCUACGCGGUCCCGAGCGCAGGGCUAGCCAGAUCUACAGAAGUUCAACUAAGAUUCCGAAAGGAAAAAAAGGAAAGGAAAAAAAAAGAAACAUGAAGAAAAAGAUAAAAAAGAAACCUGACUACGAGCAAUCGCACGCACGUCAUACUAGCGUCUUGUAUCUUAUCGUAUUCCGAGAAAUUUAUGGGUCGAGUCGUAACACUUGGAGUAAAGACGGCGAGCAGCGACAACAAGGGGCGAAGGUCAUAGAUGCAGACGCACGAAGUUGUUGAAAAUGAUUGAUCAAGACUAAGACCAAGACUUCGCUCUGCAUCUUCUUCUCGCGAACCCCGACUGCCACAAUGCAUUCAUCCCGCCCUUCAGCCUGGAACCAUACUCUUCGACUGCACCGGAUACUGGUGCUCCACGUCGGCGUCCUGUGUCGAAGAGACCUUGCUCAUGCACCUCUCUGUAGCCAGCCAGCAGGGCUCAGAGCGGCCUUGCAACCAGCCUGCGACCACCCUCACAAAUACAAGACUCCACGCUUGCUGUUCCUCUUACACUGUGGUUCAUCUGCCUCGUCCCCGCCGCAUUCCUUCCGCUUUUCCGGAUCCUUCACCCCUGAGCAAUCUGCGGUGCAGCAGCAUCCCCCCGUGCGGCCAUUAUCUUGGUAUCCAUCCUUAACCACAGCUUCUGGAUAAUUCUCUGCGUAGACUGCCACGCAGACUUUCUUGCAAUUGUCAUCCGAAGAGACUGUGCAGUCGCAAAAUGGCCCGUUUGAAGUUUGUUUGCACGUGGCCGUGAUAUCGUUUUCGAAGUCUUUGUAGACACUGUCUUUGCACGGCUGUAGGCAGAAAUCAUCGCUGGCGCACUGGUAGACGAUACAGGGUUAGCAAGGAACAAGAAAAAGUGCCAAACUCGAAGAGAAGAAAGGGGGAAAAAAGGCACCCCGAACUCCUCUUCUGUGCUGCUGUGUCGCGCGACGGGAAAAACUUACUGGGAGGGCAGGGUCAAGCAACUCCGCCGUGACGAGACCCAGGCCGAAAGCGGCCAAGGAGAAGACGUAACGUGAGAGAAGCAUGAUAGGUAUGUAGUGUUGCGAGAUGCAGGGCUUCAAACUAUGUCGACGUGGCUGCUGUAAUAAAUGUAGUAAAUGUGUCGUCUGCUAAGGUGGGUCACCGUGGGUGGCUAUGAUACCGAGUAAGGCAAAGACAAAGAAUAAAUAGAAAAAAGAGCAUCAACCAGGUCUUCGCGUGGUCUCGUGGCUAUGAUAUAUAGUGUCUCAUUCCCACACCCCAGUUGACCGUAGUUACUAGGUAGUCACUAGUUCAAUCUAUGGCACUGGUGUAUGAGUUGGUAUAUGCUUGUGUCCUUAUUCCC